AUUUCGUCUCCUCAAUUUCAAAGUUCAUUUUGCACAGUUUAACACCUUUUUUGUCUUAGUCCAAUUAGACCAAAUGGUACAUGGACUAAAAGGCUAUUAGACCAACUGGUUAUUUGACGGAAUGGCAUUAGACUGAAUGAAAAGUAGACCAUGUGGUGAGUGGACGCACUGAUGAUAGAUGAAAGUGAGUUGGCAAUUGGAUGAAUUGGCAUUGGAAAUAAACCAUUCCAAACAUUUCUGAAUUCAAAACGCCCCUCAAGUUCUACUGGACAUAUAUUUUAGAAUAUAUAUCUCCCCCAUAUCUCUUUGUUUCUAUUGCUCCAGUCUGCUUACUUUGUGCAAGUCUUCAAGCCGACUUUGUGCAAGUCUUCAAGCAGACAUUGUCAAGACCCAUCUGUAAAAAAACCCAUUUCAAUCAGGGUCUGUGUCUGCAGACUACACACACGUGGCGCGCAUACCAGUAUAUAUAAUCAUGGAUCCUACUAGAAGGAUCUAGGUUCUAGUAGUAGUAUAGUAGGAUCCAUAAUGUAAGCAAUCGAAACAGAGAAAGGAAACUACUGUACAUUGAAGCAUGAUAGAAGCAGCGCAACUCCAAAGUUAAUCCAAGUCUUCUUAUCAUAAAUGGAACCAUCAUGGUGAGGAUCAAACGAGAAUGCAAAGAAGAAGGAGAGGAGGCGGAGGAGUGGAUCUCUUGUGAUGAAUAUAAAGAGUUCAAGUCUCGCUGUGGAGUAAGCACAAGCCUUAAGCAAGAAGCAGAGGUGAAGAGUUCCAACUCCAUGCAGUCCUCAAGUCGUGGGGAAUUAGGAAAUGUCCAACCACAAGUCAAGGAAGAAGUGGAAAGUGUGGCAUUCAAUUCUCUGCAAGCUACAUGUACUACCACCAGUGUAACCGAAACUGUCCUGUCAGUCGGAGAAGAUUCCAAGAGACAUGGCGGUCAGUGCGGGACAUGGAAUUCACUUCAUUUUCCAGAUAGAGGACCACAAACAAGCUUUACAAUCAAGCAAGAAGUUGACGAGGAAGCUCUUCCAGCUUGUGAUCAGAGAACAGAUGAAAAAGCCCCUUUGCCUCCUGGCUGCCACAUCAAAGAAGAAGCAAGCAGCGGGAUUUUGCAUGAAAUAAAUUCUGAGAACCAUGUUCAGUCUAAUCAGCAUAUCAAGCAAGAAGUAGAAAAUGACCUAACGUUUUCAUCGGUCACCAUUAAAAUCGUUCUCAAGGAAGAAGAAUCAACCUUGCCAACCUCUGCCAAUGAGGAUAGUAUCACCCAUCCUCCAUCGUUUCAGUUCACCAUCAAGACUGACCCCGAAAAUGAACAGAAGGAAACUGAUGUUCCAAAAAAACAAGAAGGAGAAAUAGUGGAUAAAGAGGGAAGAAAGUUUCCUGCAAUCAGAAGUGGAGCCAAAUCUCAUCCCGGACUAGAAUCUGAUGAAAAAUUGAACAAGUCUUCAAGAUCUAGUAGGAGCUUAUGUCCCCUCCCUCGAGUGAAACCACGCCAAAUAAAAGAGUUGCAUGCAUGUUGUGAGAAAGAAUUUCCUAUGAAAAGGGCUCUGAAUCUCCAUAUCCGUGCACACACAAAAGAAAAGCCUCAUAAAUGUACAUACUGUGAAAAAAACUUUUCAAAGAAGGCUCAUUUAAGCACUCAUAUCUUGACGCACACAGGAGAAAAACCAUAUGAAUGUUCACACUGUAAACAGUUAUUUUCACGCAAGAGUAGUCUGAACUCUCAUCUCCUUAAACACAAUGGAAAAUGGCCACAUGAAUGUCCACACUGUAAUAAGGGAUUUGCACAUAUAAGCAAACUGAAUUCUCACAUCCUUACGCACACGGGAGAAAAACCGUAUAAAUGUACGGUAUGUGAUAAAGCGUUUUCAAGGAAAAGCCAUCUCAAAGGUCACCUUUCUAUACACGGUGAUGAAAAAUCUUAUGAAUGUUUACUUUGUGAAAAGAGUUAUUCAACAGAGUCCAAUCUCAAAUCUCAUCUCGGUAAUCAUUUGGGAGGGAAGCCAUAUGUAUGCUCUUACUGUAACCGGAAAUUUUCAUGGAAAGCUAGCCUAAAUUCUCAUCUUAUAUCACAUGCUAGACAGAGGGCAAAGGACUGUUCACACUGUAAAGCUAAAUUUUCACUGAUGAGUAGUAGCAGUGACUCCCUUGGACACACAGGAAAAAAUGAUCGUUCUCACUGUGAAAAGAAAUUUUCACAUAUGGGAGAUCUGAACAAGCAUCUUCUGACACGCACAAGAGAAAAACCUUAUGAAUGUUCACACUGUGAAAAGAAAUAUUCUCAUAAGGGCAAUCUGAACAAGCAUAUUCUGACGCACACACAAGGGGUACCUUAUGAAUGUUCACACUGUAUAAAGAAAGUUUCUCAAAUGAGUAGUCUGAAUGAGCAUCUUCUAACAUACACAGGAGCCAAACCUAAUGAAUGCUCACAUUGCAAAAAGAAAAAUGAAUCCCAAGGCAAUUUGAGCAAGCGUGUUCAUGCACAUACAGGAAAAAAACUUUAUGAAUGUUCAUGCUGUGAAAAGAAAUUUACAUCUAAGAGUAGUCUGAACAAGCAUCUUUUGACACACACAGGAGAAAAACCGUAUGCAUGUUCGCAGUGUGAAAAGAAAUAUAAAUCCAAGAGUAGGCUGAGUGUUCAUAUCUUAAGCCACACAGGGGAAAAACCUUAUGCAUGUUCACACUGCAAAAAGAAAUUUACACGCAAGGAUUCUCUUAGCUCUCAUCUCCUUACACAUACUGGAGGAUUACUGUUUGAUUGUAUUCACUGUAAUAAAGGGUUUGCAAAUAAAAAGGAAUGAAUUUCUAUACACUUGAAGAAAGAGAAAACACAUCUACAUUCAGAGGAUGGAGAUUACGAAGAAAGUCUUAAGACGUUACUUUUAUUUAAUAAUGAGAAAAAAAUCGAA